ACAAAACUUGUCCCUUUUCGCUUCCUCUUCUUUAUUCAAAAUCUUGAAUCUUCCUGUCAACAAACCACCAGUCAGCAACUGUAUUUCCACAUUUUGAAACAAACAAAUCUCUCCCCUUUUGUAUAUAUAAAAACGGUAAACAGGACCAAAUGGCGAAGACCCUUCUUCCUCUCUAUAUUUAUAAUUUUACUACGAUCUCCAAAUAAUUUUGAAUUUUCAGAUUCGAUAUAUACACGGCUGUUCAGACUCUUCUCAAAUAACUAGCUUCUGCCUGUCCAUUUGGCUUUGGCACAACCAAAAGUUUACAUUUUUCUCUAAGUAACAAAAUUCCUGUCUAUAUUCAACAUCUACGUAUAAAGAAAUCUCUAAUAGAUUUAGAAAUCUAUUUUAGUCAAAUUCCUUCUUCAUCUCCAAAUUCUAUUUUGUACACGCUCAAGUCUCAAGAUUAUUUCUUACUACUAUGAUCUCCUCUCUUAAGCAGCCUACUUUAGCAUCCAACGGCCAUUAUAUUCCCCGGUCAAGAUCUCUGGUGCCGGCGCCUACUCGCCACCUGCAGUUCCUCCUAUCGGCCAAUAAUGGCCGGAACUCCAUUGUUUCCUUUUCUAAACCUCUCCACAUCGUUUCACCAGAACCUUUCUCCACUUCUUUUAAGAAAUCUUUAAAACACGAAAAGGAGCAGUCUUUGAUCACGUGUAAAGCAUAUGAAGCUGAAAAAUCGGAGCCGAUCAGCGAGUCGCCGGUGGCGAAAUCCGAGGCGGCGAGGAGAGUUAAGAUCGGGAUUUAUUUCGCAACGUGGUGGGCUUUGAAUGUGAUCUUUAAUAUAUAUAACAAGAAAGUUUUGAAUGCUUUUCCAUUUCCAUGGUUAACUUCAACGCUUUCGCUGGCUGCUGGAUCAUUGAUCAUGCUCAUUUCCUGGGCUCUGAGGAUUGCUGAAACCCCAAAAACUGAUCUUGAUUUUUGGAAGACCCUUUUUCCUGUUGCAGUUGCACAUACAAUUGGGCAUGUUGCAGCUACUGUGAGUAUGUCAAAGGUGGCUGUAUCAUUUACUCACAUAGUCAAGAGUGGUGAACCCGCUUUCAGUGUUUUGGUGUCGAGAUUUAUCUUGGGAGAGACAUUUCCACCAUCUGUUUACUUGUCCCUCAUUCCAAUCAUUGGUGGUUGUGGUCUUGCGGCCCUCACCGAGCUCAACUUCAACAUGACUGGUUUUAUGGGGGCCAUGAUAUCGAAUUUGGCGUUUGUUUUCCGGAACAUAUUUUCCAAGAGGGGCAUGAAGGGCAAAUCUGUCAGUGGAAUGAACUAUUAUGCUUGCUUAUCUAUGCUCUCUCUCUUGAUUCUCACUCCAUUUGCAAUUGCUAUCGAGGGACCAUUCAUUUGGGCUCUCGGAUUUAAAGAAGCGCUAUCUCAAAUCGGACCCCAGAUCAUUUGGUGGAUGGCGGCCCAGAGUGUGUUCUACCAUCUAUACAAUCAGGUGUCAUACAUGUCACUCGAUGAGAUUUCUCCAUUGACGUUUAGCAUUGGAAACACGAUGAAACGUAUUUCUGUCAUUGUCUCGUCUAUCAUCAUUUUUCAUACACCAGUAAAACCCAUCAAUGGUCUUGGAGCCGCCAUUGCCAUUCUUGGAACUUUCUUGUAUUCACAGGCGAAGCAGUAAGGAAUCGGAGUUAUGAAUUCAGUCAGUUUUGUCGAGAAGCAUGAACUGGACAGAAGUAGCUCCCAAGAUUUCAUGCUGCUUGAAGAACGAUAAAGUUUUUACGAAGUGGAGCAGCGGCUUUACUUGCCGAUGUCAAUAAUUUUAGGCGGAUUAUUGUGUUUUGUACCGUAUCCCCAAAGUUGAGGGAAGAACUGAGAAUUGUACCAAUAAACUACGGCAACUCUUACAAAUUCAAUAACAAGAAGCAAAAGCAAAAUCAGGGGAAUAAAAGUACUAAAAAAAAAACCUCGUGUUCACAAGGCAAUGAUUUCUAUUCUAAAAUUAACAUUGUUAU